AUGGAGAUUGACAAGAACAACUUCUUCUGGAUGCUUCCAUGCAUGCUACACGAGGCACAGAAGGCGCGUUUCGUAGCAAUUGACGUUGAGAUGAGCGGUAUCUCCUCUGCCCAUGGCCACGCUGGUCACGAUAAUUCUAUCCAAGAUUCGUACACUAAAAUCAAAGAAGCGGCUGAGAAAUAUCAAGUGUUACAGGUUGGGUUUACAUUCUGCCACUACACUGAGGACAGAUCCGAACAUAUAAUUCGCACGUUCAACUGUAACGUCUCGCCCCUGUUUCCCAGAAGUCCUUUAUCAGAUGGCCUAGCUCGACACCUCGACAGAAGAUUCUGUGUCUCUGCGAGAUCGUACAGCUUUCUCCAACACAAUAAGUUCAACCUGGCUCAUGCCUUAGACCAUGGCGUGCAUUAUCUGAGCCGUGAAGAACUAAGACUUGCAGGGCAAUAUUGCUCAUCCAGGGACAAUAACCAUGAGCACGUGGACCCCCUGAAGCUCGAUGAAGAGUCACAGCGUUUUUACAAAUAUGCUAGAAGGCAAAUCGCGGGAUUUGUUGCUGAAUGUGGGACGGAAUUCAUCAUAACGAACCCAUAUGGGGGUAAACUUAACGGGUUACAGCUUCGCUUGAUUCAUCAGAUCAUCCGUGAGGAAUACCCAACAUGUACAGCUAAAAGGAUAGCAGCAGGUUCUAUGACAGGAGGUGUUUCUGUCAGUCUGUUAGACGAAGCUAUAAGACACAAGAACGAGACUCGUCAGCAGCUGGAUCUAGAGGAGGUGAGGAGGCUAUCAGGCCUACAGAUCCUAUUUGAAGCAUUGUCGGGCGGGUCAUUUGCUACAAGGGUCAGCCGAGAAUGGACUUACCACAGUAAGAAGCCUCCUAUCAGUCUUGAGUCAUGGGGCAAGUUCAAUCGAACUUUCGACUUUCAACGCUGCGAAGCAGCUCUCAAGAAAUCCAGGCCUAUAUUAGUUGGCCACAAUUUACUACAAGACCUUGCUUUUCUUUUCCAAACAUUCUUUGAACCUCUCCCACAAAAUGUUGAUGGUUUCAUCAAUAAAUGCCACACACUUUUCCCACGCAUUGUAGACACAAAAUUCAUGCAUACAAAAGACAGGCACAUGAUGGAAACAGACAGCACAUUACAAGAACUUCAUUAUCAUUACGGAAAGCAGCAGUUCCCUGCCUUUCGCUGCGAUCCCAGAUUCAACAACGGGCGGGCUGGCGCCCACAACGCUGGGUUCGAUAGUAUGAUGACGGCAGUCCUGUACCUGAAACAAGCUCAUACUUUAUUUCAUACUGGAAAGCAUAUCAAUGUCAUUGAAGAGACGUGUUAUGUAGCCACAUCGCCACCAGAUCAGGAUGAUAAAAGGUCGACAAAUCACGGUAGCUCAAGUGCAACCUCCUGGUCCGACACAAGUGUCAAUAGUUUGCUUGACAAAGAAGAGAUUGGUACAUCAGGGGCUCUCCAGAAGUGGGACGUGCUCGUCGCAGAUGAAUCUAUCUCAAAACAAAUAUCUCAUAUUACGAAGGACGCGAGAGACAAAUCUCCCAAAUCGGAUGAACCAAACUCAUCGCAUUAUCACUGUUAUAGUGCAGUAUUGAUGCCAGCUGAGACAUAUUCAGAAAAGGAACUUCAUAUAAUUCCUCCCUGGACGGAUGCCUUCUGGAGAACCUAUGGCAACAAAUCAUCCAUAACAGGGGCCGGGUACAUAUCCUUUUCGUAA